ACGUGCCAGUCGCUCCGUGUCGUUCCGCAAACACAAAAUCGUUUCGUUCCGCAGUUACUGCGAAGGAAGCAAAAUCCGCACGUUAGGGGCGCUCGAGCGACCUCACUGUGACGUCAUGGCGUGGUCCCUGCUGAGCAACGCACCAUCUCUCUCAACGCACCCUUCAUCGCGGCGUUUUUGUUUGAAAUGGAACGACUCUCCACGUAGUUUUCGCAAAAUACGCUCGUUGCGUGCCAAGGCCUCUAUGCUAGAGAUCGGCGAACCAGUACAUGACGGCUACACAGAGAUGCUUCCCCCAAGGCGAGCCCAAAGACGUGCUGGCGUCAUAAUGCAUCCGACAUCUCUGCCCGGACAUUAUGGUAUAGGUGAUUUGGGGAAGGAAGCUUUUGCAUUCAUCGACUGGCUCGCGGAUGCAAAGAUGCAGGUCUGGCAGAUCUUGCCACUGGUUCCUCCUGGGAGACCGAUACCUGGGUUUAGAGAAGACUAUUGGUCUCCUUAUUCCGGCCGCGAUGCUCACUGUGGAAACACUCUGAUAAUCUCUUUGGAUGAACUUGUGGCGGACGGCCUUUUGACAGAACAAGAGCUCCCACAACCCUACAACCUAUCAGGAAACGUAGAUUUCAGUCGUGUAGCCGAAAUAAACGAGCCUUUAAUAGCACGAGCAGCGAAGCGCCUCCUCGAGAGAUCAGAUGAUGACUCGUUGAAGUCUUCUCUCGCGACUUGGCGUUCUCGGCCCGAGAUAAAAUCCUGGAUCGAAGAAGCUGCUCUGUUUGAUGCGAUAUGCAACGAUCCAAAUCUUGUUGGUAAAGACUGGUGGGAUUGGCCUGAAGAUCUUCGGCGCCGAGAUCCGGCCAAGCUCGAACAAAAGCGCGCUUCAGCGGCUGCGCACAUCGAAGAAUUUUGCGCCACGCAGUUUUUAUUUGAUAAGCAGUGGCUUAAAUUAAAGACGUAUGCAAAUUCUCAAGGAAUAUCUAUCAUUGGAGACAUGCCAAUAUAUGUCGGUGGCCACUCUGCUGAUGUCUGGGCUAAUCAGUCACUAUUCCUUCUCGGGGAUGAUUUUAAGCCGACCUCAGUAGCAGGCGUUCCCCCAGACGCAUUCAGUGAAGAUGGGCAGCUUUGGGGUAAUCCUUUGUACGAUUGGAGGUCCCACUCUCAGGAAAACUACCGUUGGUGGGCGGGUCGAAUCGGAAGAGCUUUGCAGCUGCACGAUGAAGUGCGCAUCGACCAUUUUCGAGCGUUUGCCGCAUACUGGUCCGUGCCUGCCAGUGCAAAAACAGCCAAAAAUGGUUCUUGGAUAGUAGGCCCCGGCAAAUCAUUUUUCGAUGGUGUCGAAAAAGUAGUUGGCGAUGCUCCGAUUGUCGCUGAAGACCUUGGUGUCAUCACCAAAGACGUUGUUGACCUGCGCGAGGCAAUUGAGGCUCCUGGUAUGGUUGUGCUUCAGUUUGCAUGGGGCGGGGAUAAGCAAAGUCCUCAUCUCCCUCACAAUUUCUGUGAGAAUUCCUUCUGCUACCCUGGGACUCAUGACAACCAAACAACAGAAGGCUGGUAUGAGAACUUAGACGAAGCAACGAAGGUGAAGUUGGCAAAUUACGCAGGCAUAUCAGACGCCGAGGGCGCUGCCUGGGGACUGAUUCGUCUAGGUAUGUCAAGCGUCAGCAAAGCUUGCGUGUUCACGAUGCAAGACGUACUGGGCCUGGGUGAUGAAGCGAGGAUGAACACGCCAGGUGUGGCAGAUGGCAAUUGGGCAUGGCGAAUCGGCCCCCCUGGUAUCUUUGCAACAUGCAGCCCUCAAGCUAAAAAGCUGGCCAGCCUUGCAACAUGUUUCGAUCGCGUAUCUCCGGAACAUAUGAUUAACAAAAAAAACAUCGAGGUUGAGUCCCCCAAAGCAAAUGAUGAUGUCACGCCAGAUGGUGAUGGCAGUGAUGCUAAUAGACCCUGCAGGCAGAAAUUUUUUGGCGUGUUUUGAUACACACCUUUUGAAAUUUCUUGCUCGACAGGGCGCUCUUUGCCGCGCUCUCGUCCUCAGACAGAAGGAAUGUGACAAAUGAAGUGAGGAGCAAGGACACGGUCAGCUCAAGCCUCACAUUUCUGUAAGCUGCAUGUUGUCCCUUCAAAGUGCAAAGUCUAAUUCUAUCUCGAAGUCAUCGCGGAUCCGUUGACAAAACGACGAUUUUACAAAAUGUUUCGACUGCAUAUCCGUUCUCAUCAUGAUUAGUGAUUUUACUGUAAAUAAAAUAAGCACUACUAGGGAUAUCGAACGAAUGAAGAUAUAUGAUUGCUUGUAUUCUGAAUUUCAUUAGGGCAGCUGUGGACACCCCGGAGGGGAAAAUUUUUCAGAACGAAAAUUUUCAGUUAAUUCGUCAUUCUUGAGUUAAUCC